AUGCGGGUCGCUACGCACCCGCCUUCCGAUCUGAGCAAGCCGGACCGCAAUGUUCUGUCGCACCUGCUCCUGCUCCGCCUGAUCCACCUCGGCAUGAGUCCCGUUUAUCUGAGACUCGGUGGGAUGCACGCUCGCGCUGCCUCUCAUUGGAUCCCUCCUUGCUGGUGCCGAGGCGACGGCUGCUCCAUCACCGUCGUGGCGCUGCUGCUGCUGCUCCGCCGCCGCACCGCCAUCUGCAGCUGGGGCUCGAUCCGUCCGUCCGCCCCGACCACGCCCAUCGUCACCAGUGGUGCCUCGCCCGGCGAGGCGGGGGCCGCCGUGAUGGCGAUGGCGCUGGCGUCGCUGCCAGCAUUGCUGACCAGGCGCGGCCUGCAUAAGAUGCAGUUGGUGCCGCAGUGGUGGUGUUGA